AGACAUAAAGCACUAAAUAUUGAAAAAAUAUAUAUAUUUUAACGAAAUACAAACCUACUUUUGUAAUGCCACGUUCCAAGAGAGACAAAAAAGUUUCGUUGACCAAAACGGAUCGCAAAGGCCUGGCAUGGAAGCAAAAAAUCAUUGAAGAUAUUCGUCACUGUGUUGGAAAAUAUCCAAAUGUUUUCGUUUUUCAAGUUCAAAACAUGCGAAAUAAUCUUUUAAAGGAUCUACGCCAGGAAUGGAAAGCCAAUUCACGCUUCUUCUUUGGCAAAAAUCGAAUCAUGCAAAUUGGUUUAGGACGCAACAAAGCAGAAGAAGUUGAAGUAGAUCUCCAUAAGCUUUCUAAACGCUUAACAGGACAAGUAGGUCUUUUAUUUACAGAAAAGCCGAAGAAAGAAGUUCUUGAUUGGGCCGAAAAAUAUUGGGCUGUAGAAUAUGCGCGCAGUGGUUUUAAGGCAACAGAAACAGUAGUUUUGUCGGCGGGCCCACUUGAAGAAUUCACACAUUCCAUAGAACCGCAUCUACGAUCCCUAGGAAUGCCAACAAAACUCCAGAAAGGUGUAGUAACGCUCUAUAGUGACUAUACUGUGUGCGAGGAAGGAAAGGUUUUAACGCCGGAGCAAGCCCGCAUUUUGAAAUUACUUGCGAAACCCAUGGCUAAAUUUCAGCUCACAAUUAAGUGUUCUUGGACAAAAGAGACUGGUUUCGAAUUGCAUGUACAUGACGAUAUUAAUGACGACGAUGACAAAACUGACAGUGGCCAAGGCGAUGAGGUAGAAGACGAAGGCAUGGAACAAGAUAAUACUGAAAAUGAAGAAAGUGAUGAUGGAGACCAUCUAUAGUUGAAAUGUGAAAUUAAUUGCAUAGAUUUAAGAUGUAGUUUUAUAUAAAUAAGGAAUUUUAACUGAA